AUGAUAAAAUUCACAUCUGAGAAACUUUCAGCAGACGAAGUCUCACCACUUUGUGGUGCAAUAUCCCUGUUUGUAGGGACUACAAGGAAUAACUUCGAAGGGAACAAAGUCAUUAGCUUAGAGUAUGAAGCAUAUCUACCAAUGGCAGUAAACGAAGUCAGAAAAAUUUGUAGUGACAUUAGGCAGAAAUGGCCAGUCAAACACAUAGCAGUGUUCCAUCGACUUGGCUUAGUUCCAGCGUCAGAAGCAACCAUUAUCAUUGCUGUGUCUUCAGCCCACAGGGCUGCAUCCCUCGAAGCUGUGAGCUAUGCCAUUGAUACCUUAAAAGCCACGGUGCCCGUAUGGAAAAAGGAAAUGUAUGAAGAGUCUUCAUCAUCUUGGAAAAGAAACAAAGAAUGCUUUUGGGCAACCGAUGACUAA